AUGGCGCAAGCAACGGAACCCAGCGGCAGUGCAGACUUCCCCGGGGACGGCUUCGCCAACAACCUCAUCAGCGACCUUGCUCCUUUGCUCACCUUGUUCGGGGAGCAAGUCACGAAGCAGUUCCUCGGCAUGAGCAUGGGAUGGGCGGACAACGUCCUCCUUGCCAUGGGCCCGUUGGGCAUUCUGACCAUCAUCGUCAGCGCGAUCCGGGUUGGGGGCGCACGGCAGCUGAAAGCUCUGGUUGGAAGGGCCCGGGAAAGCAUGGCGACAGUGGCUCCAAACGUCCCGCCUCAGACCACAGAAACACAGCCUUCUGGCAGCCACAGCUACCACGGUUACCGCCGUUGGCCUUUUACAGCUCAGCGCCAACGAAAGAAUGUGGGAGCCAACCUUGCCUCCGCGGCCGAUAUGGGAGGUGCCAACCCUUCAUGCCUUUCAUGGUGA